GGUGAAAUUUUCUGACGUAUUGAAUAAAUAAAUAGAAUAACAUCUAAGAAAGAGUAUAAAAGCGGCUGGCUGGAAUUUCAGAAUCAUCAUUUUCGGAUAACUGAUCUAAUUAUUUAAAGAUGAAGUUAUUUAUUUUAGGAAUUCUUUUGGCCGUUGCUGCCACAGAAGUCUAUUCCCAAGCAUGUCAUAUGCGGGAAGUGGAUCUAUGUAUGGCCAUAGGUAUGUUCCAUUAUCAAAGCAAUGGAGUCCCAGCUGAUGAAGAAAAAGUUAACGAAUGGUGCGAAACCAUGCAGGAAGUUACAGAAUGUAUGGGAAAUUUCUCAGCCAAAUGCUUGUCUCCAGUCCAAAGAGAAUUAAUCAGUCUUUUAGCCGGAUCAGAAGAGCCAGCUAAGAAAUUAUGUAUUGCCGGAUCAGAAGAAAGAACAAGUUACUUAGCUCAUGCUGAAUGCCUUGCUGAUGGAGCUGAAAAAGACGAUUUCAAGACUCAAGUCAGAGAUUUACAAGUUAUGGUUGAACAAUUGUUCGAUGUUCCUUUCAAACAGAGGUUCCAAUUGAUGUGCUGCUCUUUCCAUCGAUUCCACAAAAAUAUUGAUGCCAAUACUGAGAGAGACUGCGGAAAAGAUGCUGUUCUGAUGGUUAAGAACCUCAUGAAAAGUGUAACCACCGACCUACCCGACAUUGUCUGCCAACAAUUCGAUUCAGAAAGCGAUCAAUGCAAAGCUAUUUUGAAGCCCAGUGGCACCACACCAAAGGGUGGAGAAAGCAAGUCCCAAAUCGCCAAACUUUUGGAUACCGUCCUCGGAAAUAUAUAAGAAUCUGUGAUUGAUAUCAGAGACAAUAAGUAACAAUUAUCGUAUGGAAGGAAACUCAGAAGUCAUUGAUCGAAGUUUAUGAUAGUGAUAGUUGUUCUCUUUUGUUGAAACUGAUAUUUCUGUUUUUAAAUUGAUCAUUGCUCAGUUUGUAAAUAGUAAGCAUUCUGUUACAUUCAAAUUUAGUCAUAGUUGCAUUGAUUUUAUAAAUAAACUCAUAAUUUUUAAA